CUUUAUUAUUUUUUCUUGACUUUCGAAUGAAAUUCGCUGCUGAACGUUUAAGUGUUGUGGUAGAGUAAUAUUUUAGGGAAACUUUUAACUUCCCGUUUUAAGGGUAUAUAAACUACGGAUUAUUUUAGGGAAGCUUAUUUUCAGACAGCGUGCAAGUAAAACCAUGGCAGGAGUUUUGUUGGCUAUCUUCGUGUACGUCUUGCUCUUUUGUGCGGCUAGUUGUCAGAAAAUCUAUAUUGACGAAAAAAAUUACUGCAACCGUAAUGAUCAGACGAUUGAAAUAUUGAACGAUAAGAUUGAGUACUUAAGACAGGAGAACGCGAGACAAGCUGAGUCUUUAAAACACGAAAAUACGCGGAUUGCGGUUAAUCAAAAGAACAUUCAAGAAGAAUUCAAUGAGUUGUUUAACAUCCUAAUGAAAAAUGUAACCAACAUCCACGAAGAUUUGAAGAGCAAUAUACUGCAAACCAUCAACGAAAAGAUUGAGUACUUACGACAGGAGAACGCGAGACAAAUUGAAUCCUCAAAACGAGAAAACGCGAGACAAAUUGAGUCCUUAAAACGAGAAAACGCGAGACAAAUUGACUCCUUAAAACAAGAAAUCGCGCAGAUUAAGAAAAAUGAAACUAACAUCCACGACGAUUUGAAGAGCAGUAUACUGGAAACCAUCAAAGCAGAGUUAUAUAAAGAUUGUAAGAAACUCUAUAUCCAUGGCAAUACAGAAUCUGGUGUUUAUGAGAUAUAUCCAUUUGGUAUUGAAAGCAAGGUCAGCGUCUUCUGUGACAUGAUGACCGAAGGUGGAGGGUGGACAGCUAUCCAGAGACGUGUGAGUGGUUCGGUGUCAUUCGACAGAAACUGGACAGACUACAAGACGGGAUUCGGGAAUCCUAACGGAUCCUACUGGAUAGGAAAUGACGUCAUACAACAACUUACCAGGGGAAGGAACUCCUCCCUCUACGUCUCCAUUACACUGACCAAUGGGACAAAGCUGUAUGAAUUAUACAAUCAGUUCUUUGUUGCUGACGAAAUCAACAAAUACAGACUUUUUCUUGGCGGACAAGCCACCGGGACCCUGGGGGACUCUAUGUUGCACACUGGUGAUUCUCGUUUCGAUCUGUCUGGGAUGUCCUUCUCCACCCCGGACAGGGAUAACGACAGGUGGAUUGGUCGUAACUGUGCUGCUGAAAGUAACAUAAGAGGAGGCUGGUGGUUCAACGCCUGCAACCGAGCCUUCCUUAACGGUCAGUGGUCCCCGGAGUCCUGGUACAGACCAUGGUAUCCAACCGUGACUGAGAGUAAACAGAUAAAAGAGACCCUCAUGAUGAUUAAAUAUAACUGACAUUUUAUAUCUAUAUAUCCAUAAUUGUUCCAUAGUUGUUCACAUAUCUUAAUCACAUUUAUUAUAAAUUAUUAUGACUUUAUUCUUGAGAUAAUGAUGGUAUGGAUGAUUUAUUAUAGGAUUAAACGUUCUUUUUUCAGAAUUUAUCGAUGUGUAAACUCUGCCUUUUUACUCACAAACUGAAUAAAAGUGCGAAUUAUUAAAAUUAUUUCCCUUUGAGGCCGCCAUACAAUCCGUUAUUUUGUACGGCGUAGGAAUACUUUUUGCCGCAAAGAAACGUAUACAAGAUGAAUAUCGAUAAAAUCCAACUUAAAUUGUCAAAACCAUCAAUAAAUAAACUUAUAAAAACUCAUUUAAUGUUGUUUAAGUCAACAAAUAUCGUAAAUACGCGUAUUCUCCAGAAUAAUUCGUCCUUGACCAUGGUCAUGUUGACAUUUUAACAACAACGUCAAAAUGAAAGAUGCAGACCGACGACGUCCUCGAUUUGCUCUGGUUCGUUCAAAGAUUUAGGGAGAAUAUGGGAUCUGUAGGAUGUAAACAUAUGACUUUGAUGCUAAAAAGGCAAGACAGGUACGUUUCUUUUCCCUAUCACAACGAUACCAACUGAGCUGAUAAUUGGAACGUCGAGAAAAUGACAGCAUGAUCAGCGAUUUUUUAAAAUUCACACUCGUGAUCCGACAGUGACAUAAAUAUAAUAUUCCCGUCUGUCAGUCCUGUUUAUCUCCUUUUCAUUCAUUCAUUCGAUCAUUCAUUCAUUCAUUCAUUUUUAUUUACAGUUUCUUGUAAUUAUAAUUUAGCUAAAACGGACUAGAAGUAUCUGUUUUCAAUGUUUUUACAACAGUCAAGAAAGUAGUUCUAAUUGAAGAAUUCAUCGAUGUGUAAACUUUUUCUUGAAUUUGUUUUCGUCCAAUCAAAACACAGGGAAUCAAUAAAUAAAAUUAAGAUUGGAAUUAUUACAAAGUAACACAUUUUUAGAUAUGAUAUUUUGUGUAAUGAAUUUAAUGAAAACUACAAAUAUGUAUUUUGUUCUAAAAAUAUUGUUAUACAUGUAACCUUACUUCCUAAAAAUGCAAAAAUCGCAUUUAAUCAUUUUACAUAAUAAAAUUUUAUAUCUAUCUUAUUCAUUGUCUUUUUGUUCUUAAUCAUAUGAUAUUAUAAAGUAUGUAGAUAACAAAGAAUUUUUUUUUAUAAAAGUCGUUUUUUAAACUGAUCCCUGCGAAAAGUCAAAUAACUGGAGAGAAGUAGUAUAUAAUUCUUGUAGUCUAUCAUAAUGUAUAACUCCAUCAGCCAAUCAUCUCCAUACAAAUGUGUAGUUUGAUUACGUAGAUUUAUUUUCAUAUACAAAUAUUUCUCACUCGACCAUGUCUUUUGUUUGUGUGUGGAAAAUGCUGCAUUUCAUCGCCAUAUCAAUGAAUUGGAGAACAAAAUAAAUUAUGAUUUAUUUUGAUUUUUUUAACAUUUAAGGUCUUGACAAAUCAACUUCAUAAGCGAAAAUUAAAGUUCGUGCUCACUUUAAAAACAGAUGAUACAAACUUUUCUUUUCUCUUU